GCUGGGAGCAUGGGCUUCCCAGGGGCCGUGGUGGGCUGGGGGCUUCUGGAUUACAAGACGGAGAAGUAUGUGAUGACCCGGAACUGGCGGGUGGGCGCCCUGCAGAGACUGCUGCAGCUGGGGGUCGUGGUCUACGUGGUGGGGUGGGCCCUCCUCGCCAAAAAAGGCUACCAGGAGCAGGACCUGGACCCCCAGAUUUCUGUCAUCACCAAACUCAAGGGGGUUUCUGUGACCCAGAUCAAGGAGCUGGGGAACCGGCUGUGGGACGUGGCUGACUUCGUGAAGCCGCCGCAGGGAGAGAACGUGUUCUUCUUGGUGACCAAUUUCCUUGUGACGCCAGAACAAGUUCAGGGCAGAUGCCCAGAGCACCCCUCCAUCCCGCUGGCUAGCUGCUGGGCCGACCAGGACUGUCCUGAAGGGGAGACGGGGACCCACAGCCAUGGCAUAAAAACGGGCCAGUGCGUCGUGUUCAACGGGACCCACAGGACCUGUGAGAUCCGGGGCUGGUGCCCGGUGGAGAGCGGCGCCGCGCCCGGGAAGCCCCUGCUGGUCCAGGCCGAGAACUUCACGCUGUUCAUCAAAAACACCGUCACCUUCAGCAAGUUUAACUUCUCCAAGUCCAAUGCCUUGGACACGCAGGACCCCACCUACUUCAAGCGCUGCCGCUAUGACCUGCGAUCCAGCCCCUCCUGCCCUGUGUUCCGUAUCGGGGACCUCGUGGCCGAGGCUGGAGGGGUCUUUGAGGACCUGGCACUGCUGGGUGGUGCCGUGGGCGUCCAUAUCCGCUGGGACUGUGACCUGGACGCCGGGGGCUCUGACUGCCGCCCCCACUACUCCUUCCAGCUGCAGGAGCGGAGCUACAACUUCAGGACAGCCACUCACUGGUGGGAGGCCUCGGGCGUGGAGGCCCGGAGUCUGCUCAAGCUCUACGGGAUCCGUUUCGACGUCCUGGUCACUGGGCGGGCAGGGAAGUUCGGGCCCAUCCCCACGCUCAUCACCCUGGGCACAGGAGCGGCUUGGCUGGGCGUGAUCACCUUCCUCUGUGACCUGCUGCUGCUGUACGUGGAUGGAGACGCUCACGUCUACUGGAGGACCAAGUACGAGGAGGCAAAGGCUCCAAAGGUGACCGCCAGCCCCGAGCAGACAGAGCCCGCAUCCGCGCCCCCGCACCCGGCCACCCAGGUGCCUUAG